CUCAUUUACGGUCAGUAAUCUGGACCGGAGCAGGGAGACAUGCGGACAGUGGUCGGUGGAGGAGGGAGGGAAAAACAACUUUAUAAACAAUGGAGAGAGCGAUGUUCCGUUAACUGACCGACGCUUGAGGGUUCGUUUUAAACACACCGACGGUUAUUAGUUCUGACAAAGAGGAAGUUCGACGGAGUUGCGUCUGGAUUUGAAGUCUGGGCUGGAUGUCACCAUGGACCCGCUGCUGCCCACAGACCCGGAGGUGGUGGAGCGAGAGGAGGACAAGGAGGAUGCGCGGAGGAAGAUCCAGUUCUCCGUCCCAUCCGCGGUGCCUCUGCAGCUGGAUCCGCGACAGGUGGAGAUGAUCCGACGUAGAAGACCAACUCCUGCCACCCUCUUCAGACUGACAGACCAACCAUCACCCGAAGAAGACGGCAGUCCACACCAGUGGGUUCUGGGAGAGAAUGGAGCAUUGAAAGCCAAAUUGGUUCACAUGUCAACCUAUCAGCCACCCUCACUUAAAGCCGUCCAGAUGAUGGCCCAGGCUCACUUGUCCUCCUUAGACAAGAAGACUGCUGACAAAGAUGAGCUCUCCUCUGGGGAGGAAGAGGAGCAACGUGAAGAUGAGAAGCAGCAGAGACUGUCAGCCAGAAGUUCAAGAGAACAAAGUAAACCACUCGGAGAUCCACGUGAUCAGCUGAGCAACUCAACAGCAAAGGAGUCGUUGCCAUGGCGACCAUGAAAAGCCUACAGAAUGGGAGGACGGAAAGGGAGAGUAACAUCAGGAAAAGAAUCAGAGAGUUUACAACAGAAGUGACUCGUGUGUGUGUGGAUGUGCUCAGAUGUAUAUAUGAGUUUGUGAUUUUUUUUAGCUGCCAUAAAAAUGAGCAUGCCAUGCUAGGUGUACAAGAUAUUUAAUCUGGAGUUUUCAUGAUUUAUGUUCCUUUCUUGGCCAAAUAUUUUAACAGGAAAUUGAUGUGGAUGUGUGCUUAAUCAGAAUCAGGUUUAUUGCCAUGUAGGUGAGAGACUUAUCUACUAGGAUUUUGUUUUGGUGGCAAGGGGCAAACAUGCAUACACACACACACACAUACACACACACACACACACACACACACACACACACACACACACACACACAUAUAUAUAUAUAUAUAUAUAUAUAUAUAUAUAUACAGAGAGAGAGAGAGAGAGAGAGAGAGAGAGAGAGAGAGAGAGAGAGAGAGAGAGAGAGAGAGAUUAGGAUACAUCAGAAAUAAUCAACAUAGGAAACAGGAAAGCAAUCACUCUUGAGCAGCAAUACAGGCUUAUGAUAAUGUGGUUAUUGGUUGUUCAGGAGUCUUACAGCAGAGGGGAAGAAGAUGUUUUUGUGGCAUCAGGUUCUAGUCUGUAAGGACCUGAACUUCCUUCCUGGAGGUAGAGUAUCAAACAGACCAUGGCCAGGGUGAAAGGGGUCAGCUGCUAUCUGACUUGGGCGUCUCAGAAGCCUGGAGGUGUACAGGUUCUGUAUUGAUGGGAGGUUGCAUCUUAUUACCUUUUCUGCUGCGCGCCUGACACGUUGCAGUCUGCUUGUCCCUGGCAGUGGCUCCUGCAUACCACAACGUGACAGAGGAGGUGAGCUGUUGAGGGUGGCCGUAUAAAAUUGGACCUUGAUCAUGGUCAUCAUGCAGAGUUUUCUCAACUGUCUCAGGCCCUGUCCACACGUAGCCGGGGAUCUGCUAAAACAUAGAUAUUUUUCUACGUUUUGGCCUGUCAUCCACACGAAAACUGAGUUUUUUCACACGAAAACAGAUCUUUUUAAAAACUCCGGCCAAAGUGAAGAUCUGCGUUUUCUCCGUUUUGGGUGUCUGCGUGUGGACAGGCAAAACCGGAGUUUUAAGGUCCGCAACGUCACUUUCCGCGACAAAAAAAUGCUGACAUCACGUGUGCAACCUGUGUUUACACUAGCCGACAGCAUGGAUGCCCUCAGAGCUGCGCUCGCUUUAUCAAUUGUCCAAGCGCUUUCUGCUUGUUUGUUUUUGCAAGCGGAAUUACUGCUCCUUGCGGAAGACCACAGACGAAGGACGAGGUUAAGAACGGGGGAAGUACUGCCACCUACAGGUCUGGCAUGUCCUUAACAACGUAUUUAUCCGGGUACGUGUGGACAGUUUUUUUUUAAACGAGGUGGUGUGGAUGCAAGUUUUUGGAGGGGCGGAUAUUCGUUUUUUUAAAAAACCCAGCUACGUGUGGACUAGGCCUCAGAAAGAAGAUCAUCUGCUGGGCCUUCCUGAUGAGAGGGCUGAUGGACAUCUACCACUUCAGUUCAUAGGUGAUGGAGGUCCCCAGGAAGUGAUUAUCUUCAAUAGCAAAAUAAUAAUAAUACAUUAACCAACAGAUGUGAAGUCCAUCUUUUUUGGAAUGUAACACAAGGUCGAUGUAAGAAAAAAGGGAUGGAUUACAGAUUAUCUCAUCCACACAGAUUAUACCCUAUCAGAUUAAUCCAACUAAUCACAGUAAUGCAGCCCUGUUUUUCUAGUUUAAUGUCAAACUGGCUUUUUGUAGCACGACGAUUAGCAGUAGAAAAACACAAAAGCUGGAGAAGCAGAUCUUCAAAACAAUCAAAUUCAUUCAUGAUCUUUUCCUAACAGGUGUGCUUUUUCUGAACAGAAACUACUAAACAGUUGUUGCUUAAAUUGUACAAGUUGUGUACAAAUACCAUAUUUUAUUCCUGCAUUGAUAUAAAAGAGAAUCUGGCACAUCAGAACAUGUUAGAUUGAAAUCUGACAAUGUAAAAAAACAUCCAGUUGGAGUGAAUCUGCUCUUUUUAUGAUGUCACUUGUAUUUGAUUUGAGUUUGUUUGAUUGACUGAUUGUUUUAUUGCUCUGAUCUCCUGAUGAUAAUGAAAACUACAACUGAUAUGUUGUGAAUUAAUACAUCAAAAUGGAAAAUGAUGAUUCUGGAAGCAGAAACCUGAUUAGAAGAGGUUUAUUGAUUUAGCACUUUUCGCAGACAGAAAUCACAAAGUGCUUCACAGACAAAAAUGAGCUCUUAGCAAUGAGUUUGCAGAUCAGAAAAAGUCAUGUUUUUGUGUGUGUUUGUUUUGUUUAUUUGCUUAUUUACUGCUUGGCAUUGGUGCAAUUUUACAUCAAAUAAAAACAAAUCAAGUUUAUGACCCUCA